AUGGUGGGUGCGGGUGACUGUGGGCAUUACCAGCUUUUGGGAGCAUCCCUGGGCACGUGCACAGCUGGGUCUGAUGAGCCUGGCCCAGAGGGCCUCACCUCCACCUCCCUGCUGGACCUCCUGCUGCCCACUGGGCUGGAGCCGCUGGACUCAGAGGAGCCCAGUGAGGCCAUGGGGCUGGGAGCUGGCCUGGGAGCCCCUGGCUCGGGCUUCCCCAGUGAAGAGAGCGAAGAGUCUCGCAUUCUCCAGCCACCACAGUACUUCUGGGAGGAGGAGGAGGAGCUGAAUGACUCAAGUCUGGACCUGGGCCCCACUGCAGAUUAUGUGUUUCCAGACUUGACUGAGAAGGCAGGUCCCGUCGAAGACACCAGCCAGGGUCAAGAGGUGCCUCGCCUCGCCUCUCCCUUGCCCAAGAUGAACCUGGUGGAGCCACCCUGGCACAUGGCUCCUGGAGAGGAGGAGGAAGAGGAGGAGGAGGAGGAGAGGGAGAAGGAGGAGGUAGAGAAGGAGGAGGAGGAGGAGGAAGAGGAGGAGCUGCUGCCUGUGAAUGGAUCCCAAGAAGAAGCCCGAACCCAGGUCCAUGACUUUUCUCCCACCAGCAGGAGCCAGACCCCAGGGUCUGCCAAACACAGGCAUGAAGAUUCUGGGGACCAGGCCUCCUCGGAUGUGGAGGUGGGGAACAGCAUGGAGCCCAGCCUGCCACCGCCCUCGGUCACCCCAAGUACAGUGACCCUGGGGGGUCAGGACUUCACCAGCCAGGAGGCAGGGAGCACAGUACUGCCAGCCGCAGGGCGUGGGGUAGAGUUUGAGGCCCCGCAGGAGGCAAGUGAGGAGGCCACUGUGGGAGCAGCUGGGUUGGCUGGCAGGCAAGGAGAGGUGCCGUCCUUGGCUUCAUUCCCUCAAACAGAAGCUCCCAGCGGGGCUGAGGCUGCAGAUGAAGACCCCCUUUACCCUGGAGCCUCAGCCUCUUUCCCACUGGCCCCCCAAGAUGUGGAACUGACACCUUCCUCUGCGACCUUGGGGCAGGAAGACCUCAGCCAGCAGCCCCAGGAAGGGCAGGCCGUCGAAGCUCAGUCCAGGAUACCCUGGGAUUCGACUCAGGUGAUCUGCAAAGACUGGAGCAACCUGGCCGGGAAGAACUACAUCGUUCUGAACAUGACGGAGAACGUAGACUGUGAGGUGUUCCGGCAGCACCGGGGGCUGCAGCUGCUAGCCCUGGUGGAGGAGGUGCUGCCCCGCCAUGGCAGCGGCCGCCACGGGGACUGGCACAUCUCCCUGAGCAAGCCCAGCGAGAAGGAGCAGCACCUUCUCAUGACCUUAGUGGGCGAGCAGGGGGUGGUGCCCACUCAAGAUGUCCUUUCCAUGCUGGGCGACAUCCGCAGGAGUCUGGUGGAGAUCGGCAUCCAGAACUACUCCACAACAAGCAGCUGCCAAGCACGAGCAAGCCAGGUGCGCAGCGACUAUGGGACGCUCUUUGUGGUGCUAGUGGUCAUCGGCGCCAUCUGUGUCAUCAUCAUUGUGCUGGGCCUGCUCUAUAACUGCUGGCAGCGCCGGCUGCCCAAGCUCAAACACGUGUCGCACGGCGAGGAGCUGCGCUUCGUGGAGAACGGCUGCCACGACAACCCCACGCUGGACGUGGCCAGCGACAGCCAGUCGGAGAUGCAGGAGAAGCAGCCCAGCCUGAACGGAGGCGGGGCCGUCAACGGCCCGGGCGGCUGGAGCGCGCUCAUGGGAGGCAAGCGGGACCCCGAGGACUCGGACGUGUUCGAGGAGGACACGCACCUGUGAGGGCGCCCGGCCGCCGCUGCGACCCCGCGGCCUCACCCUGGCCCCCCGGGGCUGCGCCGGGAGGGGCAGGGCUGGCCCGGAGCGGACUGCCGCCUCCUUCCCGCGCGGCCCCGCCCGCUCCCCCGCAGUCCAGCCCUCGGUGCGGGGUACCCCCGCUUCUCACCGACUCACAGAGCAGUCUGGCACAGCCCUCCCCUGUCCCACCCGACGCCCCGAGGGGCCGGUGCUCCCG